UUCACUGUGAAGGCUGGGCACUGGGAAGGAGGAUCGGGGGCCUCGUUGUGGCUGAGAGAAGAGGCUAAAACUCCUCACUUAUGGCUUUUUUGUAGGACAGUUUCCAUCAUCACUCGGGAUUGUGGAAGGGACGUCAUUAAAAAUCACCUGAAGUCGCCCAAAAGUUUUAUUCACUUGUGGGCGCCCGACCAUGGAGAUGCAAAGGUGGUCCACAAGGUGGAAAACGAAAAGGUGGCUUAUGGAUUCCUCUGUAACCGCACUCAUCACUGUAACCCUGGUUCUCCAGGCUGCUAAUGCCAGAGCAGAAGAACCAGUGGAUGUCCUUAAAGUAUUAGAAUUUCAAAAUUACCCCGAAGGAGUGACCAAAACAUCAGGAUUUUGCACAAACCGAAGAGCAUCAAAGCCGGACUCAGCUUACAGGGUCUCCAAGCAGGUCCAGAUCAGUGCCCCCACCACGCAGUUAUUCCCUGGAGGUGUUUUUCCUGAGGACUUCUCCAUCCUGACCACAGUGCGUCCCAAGUCCGGCCUCCAGUCUUUCUUGCUGUCCAUUUACAACGAGCAGGGAGUCCAGCAGCUGGGCCUGGAGGUGGGACGUUCCCCUGUCUUCCUGUAUGAGGAUCAGAAUGGUAAACCAGGACCGGAGGACUACCCCCUGUUCAGUACUCUCAACCUUGCUGAUGGAAAGUGGCACCGUGUGGCCGUCAGUGUGGAGAAGAAGACGGUCACUGUCAUUGUAGAUUGUAAGAAGAAGAUCGUCAAGCCUCUGCCCAGGAGUGACCAAGCUUCCAUCGACACCAACGGCAUUACCGUGUUCGGCACCAGGAUCCUGGAUGAGGAGGUUUUCCAGGGCGACAUCCAGCAACUCCUGAUCGUGGCUGAUCCCAAAGCAGCAUAUGACUACUGUGAACAUUACAGCCCAGACUGUGACACUCCCCACGGUGAUUCCCUGCAGGCCCAGGAGCCACAGGAAGAGUACACUACUGAUGAUUUAGAUUACUCUCAGUUCUAUGAUUACCAUGAGGGAACCACAGACAUCGUUCCGACCGAUGAGUAUUCUGAACCACAGCUAAACAAUGUAGAAGGAGAUUACAAUACAGACAUUGACUACGGAACUGUAGAUGGUUCUCAGACUCAGUCCCCCUUUGCCACGAGCGGACCCUAUGAGGCUGUGGAGGAGGAUGUUGUCGGUGCUUAUGUCACCAAGGCCGCUCCCAUGGCUCCGGAGCCCACCACUGUCCCAGAGACGGUGGACAACCUGGACACUGGUGCAGAAACGUAUGAUUUUAAGGAAUAUGACCUAAAGGAGUAUGACUUGGGCGAGGUUGAGAACAGGUUGUAUGAUUACGGAGCAUAUGAUGAGUAUGGCACGGCCCCUCCCAAACCCUCGACAGACUACGAUGAUGAGGUGGGGCCUGGGGUUGCUGCGGAAACCGACGUGUCUGAGAGCACGGUCGCUGGCGUUGGAGGAGCCUUCGGCCAGAAGGGAGAAAAGGGCGAGCCGGCUGUGAUUGAACCUGGCAUGCUGAUCGAAGGACCACCAGGACCUCCUGGCCCAGCUGGUCUUCCAGGUCCCUCAGGCCUACAGGGACCCCCAGGCCCUGCUGGAGAUCCUGGUGACAGGGGUCCUCCUGGUCGUCCUGGUCUGCCUGGUGCUGAUGGUUUACCAGGGCCCCCUGGUACCAUGCUGAUGCUGCCAUUUCGUUUUGGUGGGGACGGUGAGAAGGGUCCAGUGGUGUCGGCCCAAGAAGCCCAGGCUCAGGCCAUCCUCUCCCAGGCCAGACUGGCCAUGAGGGGACCCCCCGGGCCGAUGGGUUUGACAGGAAGAUCAGGGCCAGUGGGUCUACCUGGUCCUCCUGGACUGAAAGGUGAAAGUGGAGACCAUGGUCCUCAGGGUCCCCGUGGCAUCCAGGGGCCUCCAGGACAAACUGGCAAAGCUGGCAAGAGGGGCCGUCCUGGAGCCGACGGUGCUCGGGGGAUGCCCGGAGAGCCAGGCGGCAAGGGUGACCGAGGCUUCGACGGGCUCCCCGGACUGCCUGGUGAGAAGGGACACAGGGGGGAGCCAGGGCCAAUGGGACCCCCAGGUUCUCCUGGAGAGGAUGGACAGAGAGGCGAGGAUGGAGAGAUCGGGCCCAGAGGAUUAGCUGGCGAGAGUGGUCCGAGAGGUUUGCUGGGACCUCGUGGUCCUCCAGGGCCCCCUGGAUCUCCUGGUGUUGCUGGAGUUGACGGGCCUCCAGGUCCCAAAGGAAACAUGGGACCACAAGGAGAACCGGGCCCACCUGGGCAGCAAGGAACCCCGGGAACACAGGGUCUUCCUGGUCCCCAAGGCCCCAUUGGACCACCUGGAGAAAAAGGACCUCAGGGCAGGUCGGGGUUGCCUGGAUUACCUGGAGCUGAUGGGCCUCCUGGCCAUCCUGGUAAGGAGGGGCCACCUGGAGAGAAGGGAGCACAGGGUCCAGCAGGUCCACAGGGUCCUAUCGGAUACCCCGGCCCUCGUGGUGUGAAGGGCGCUGAUGGUGUCCGUGGUCUCAAGGGGUCAAAGGGAGAGAAGGGUGAGGACGGUUUCCCAGGUUUUAAGGGAGACAUGGGGAUCAAAGGAGACCGGGGUGAGCUUGGCAUGGUUGGGCCCCGUGGAGAAGAUGGUCCUGAGGGUCCUAAAGGCCGAUCCGGACCCAACGGAGAAUCAGGUCCCAUUGGUCCCGCCGGGGAAAAGGGUAAACUUGGCGUCCCAGGACUUCCAGGUUAUCCAGGAAGACAAGGACCAAAGGGUUCGAGUGGUUUCCCUGGGUUCCCUGGAGCCAACGGUGAGAAAGGAGCCAGGGGGGUUGCAGGUAAACCUGGUCCAAGAGGGCAGAGAGGUCCGACGGGCCCUCGUGGUGCUCGAGGAGCCAGAGGUCCAACAGGAAAACCAGGUCCCAAGGGCACAGCAGGCAACGACGGUCCUCCAGGCCCGCCCGGGGAGAGAGGGCCUCAAGGACCUCAGGGACCUGUGGGCUUCCCUGGACCAAAGGGCCCCCCUGGACCACCUGGGAAGGAUGGGCUGCCCGGACACCCUGGCCAGCGCGGAGAGACGGGUUUCCAAGGAAAAACUGGUCCACCAGGCCCAGGAGGUGUUGUCGGCCCUCAGGGGCCCACCGGAGAGACCGGACCCGUCGGUGAGAGAGGCCACCCUGGGCCCCCAGGUCCACCCGGAGAACAGGGUCUUCCAGGUGCUGCUGGCAAGGAGGGAGCGAAGGGAGAUCCUGGACCUCAGGGAUCCCCCGGUAAAGACGGCCCCCCUGGCCUCCGAGGCUUUCCCGGAGAGAGAGGUCUACCUGGUGCCACGGGCCCAGCAGGUCUGAAGGGAGGAGAGGGGCCUCAAGGUCCACCUGGUCCUGUUGGUUCUCCUGGUGAGAGAGGUCCUGCUGGUUCAGCUGGUCCAAUUGGCCUUACUGGUAGACCUGGUCCUCAGGGUCCCCCAGGUCCUGCUGGAGAGAAGGGAGCACCUGGUGAGAAAGGACCUCAAGGUCCAGCUGGUCGUGACGGUGUCCAGGGUCCUGUCGGUCUGCCCGGGCCUGCCGGACCCCAGGGUCCACCUGGAGAGGAUGGAGACAAGGGAGAGGUUGGAGAGCCCGGUCAGAAAGGAAGCAAAGCCGACAAGGGAGAACAGGGUCCUCCCGGCCCAGCUGGUCUCCAGGGUCCCAUAGGUGCCCCAGGUCCUGCUGGAGCUGAUGGAGAGCCUGGUCCCAGGGGUCAGCAGGGUAUGUUUGGACAGAAGGGAGAUGAAGGUCCCAGAGGUUUCCCUGGACCCCCGGGUCCCAUCGGUCUGCAGGGUCUUCCAGGACCUCCUGGUGAGAAGGGAGAGAACGGUGAUGUUGGCCCCAUGGGCCCUCCUGGUCCCCCUGGUCCCAGAGGUCCUCAGGGUCCCAGUGGAGCUGAUGGUCCACAGGGUCCUCCAGGCGGUGUGGGCCCCAUGGGAUCUGUGGGUGAGAAGGGUGAACAAGGUGAGGCUGGAAACCCGGGACCACCUGGAGAGCCUGGAGUCGGGGGACCCAAAGGUGAGAGAGGAGAGAAAGGAGAGGCUGGCCCCCCCGGAGCCGCUGGACCUGCUGGUCCCAAAGGACCCCCUGGAGAUGAUGGUCCAAAGGGCAACCCCGGUCCCGUUGGUUUCCCCGGAGACCCUGGCCCUCCUGGAGAGCCAGGUGUUGCUGGCACUGACGGAGAAUCAGGAGAGAAGGGGGAGGAUGGUGAGGCCGGUCAGCCGGGACCUCCGGGUCCAUCAGGAGAAGCUGGCCCACCUGGACCACCUGGAAAGAGAGGACCUCCGGGGGCUGCAGGUGCAGAGGGCAGGCAAGGAGAGAAGGGCGCUAAGGGUGAGGCUGGUGCAGAGGGUCCAGCAGGUAAAACAGGACCAGUUGGACCACAGGGACCUUCAGGAAAACCUGGUCCAGAGGGUCUGCGAGGAAUCCCUGGCCCCGUCGGUGAACAAGGACUGCCAGGUGCGCCAGGACAAGACGGUCCACCUGGUCCCAUGGGUCCUCCUGGUCUUCCUGGUCUGAAAGGUGACCCCGGAUCUAAGGGUGAAAAGGGUCACCCGGGUUUGAUCGGUCUGAUUGGACCCCCUGGUGAGCAAGGAGAGAAAGGAGACCGAGGUUUGCCCGGGCCCCAGGGUUCUCCUGGUAGCAAGGGCGACGGUGGUAUCAGUGGAGCUGCUGGUCCUAUCGGUCCCCCGGGUCCCCCUGGUCUGCCUGGUCCUCAAGGUCCCAAGGGAGCCAAGGGUUCAUCUGGUCCUGCAGGUCCAAAAGGAGACACUGGUUCAGUUGGUCCUCCUGGUCCUCCUGGCCCGCCAGGCGAGGUGAUCCAGCCCCUGCCCAUCCAGUCACCGAAGAAAACCAAGCGCUCCAGUGACAUGCAGUCAGACGCAGCCAGUACCAUCAUGGACUAUGGCGAGGGCAUGGAGGACAUCUUUGGCUCGCUCAACACCCUCAAACAGGACAUUGAGCGCAUGAAGUACCCCAUGGGCACACAAAACAACCCCGCCCGAACAUGCAAAGACCUGCAGCUGUGCCACCCAGAGUUCCCCGACGGCGAAUACUGGAUUGAUCCAAACCAAGGUUGCUCAGGGGAUUCCUUCAAAGUCUACUGUAACUUCACCGCCGGAGGCGAAACCUGCAUCUAUCCAGAUAAGAAGUCCAAUGGAGUCAGAAUAUCUUCGUGGCCCAAAGAAGUUCCUGGGUCAUGGUUCAGUGAAUUCAAACGUGGUAAAAUACUUUCCUAUGUUGAUGCAGAUGGAAACUCAAUAAACAUGGUGCAGAUGACCUUCCUCAGACUACUGACCGCCUCAGCCAGGCAAAACUUCACCUACAGCUGCCACCAGUCUGUGGCGUGGCACGACGCCACCAGCGACAGCUACGACAAGGCGCUGCGCUUCAUGGGCGCCAACGAUGAGGAGAUGUCCUAUGACAAUAACCCCUACAUCAAGGCCCUCUCAGACGGCUGCGCGACGAGGAAGGGCUAUGGAAAGACUGUGAUGGAGAUUAAUACUCCCAAAAUCGAUCAGGUUCCAAUCAUCGAUGUCAUGUUGACUGACUUUGGGGACCCUAACCAGAAGUUUGGCUUUGAAGUUGGGCCCGUCUGCUUCCUUGGCUAAAUAAAAAACUAAAAAGAAAAAAAAAAAAAGGACUUGAUGGGGCCAGCAGAGAAA